UACUUCACUCAACCGUUUUGAAAGUAUCAGUUGACCUGCAAACGUCCCAACGAUAAACAGUACUGCUACUCCAAACUAUCGCCGCCAUGAAGUUCUUGAUACUUUCGGUUAUGAUCAGCCUGGCCGCUGGCGCCAGCGUUCCCUAUGCUUAUAUCCCGGAAUGUUCCACAGUUCCCCAGGGCCAGAAGCUUGCUAUUGGAGAUUGUCGUCAGUUUGCCAUCUGCCAACCGGUUGGCCUGUCCUUUGUCGAAACCUGCCAGGACGGACUCGUCUACGACUCUCGUGUCGAUCGCUGCGAGUGGCCGGAGAAUGUGCCCCAGUGUUACGCCAACUACUACAACAACGUCUACCAACAGCAGCAGUACUACCCACAGCAGCAGCAGCAGCCGUGGUACCCCCAGCAAAACUGGUGGUAAAUGUUGCUAAUAUAUCUUGUAAUUUCUAAGUGUGUUACUUCAAUAAAUUGAACUAAUGAAUAUGCCGAAGGUGGCCUCUUAACCUAA